ACUAUUUAGUAGGGUAGUUUGUGGUUUGGGACGCAUCCUUCAAUGGCGCUUGGUUUAAUUGUUUAAUUGCGCUCACCUUGUUUAAGUGCAGAACCUUUUGCACUUUUUCAAAAAGAAAAAGGAAGCGGUUUGGCUGUUCAGGUUCAGCUCACUGAAGUAGAGGAAUGUUUACGAAGUCGAAGUCUUUGAAGAAACUCAUGAAAUUUCGGUUGCUUUGUUUACUUUUUGUCUACCAGGUUUGCAGCUCCUCGACGUUCUACCCAAACUGAGGGAGGAGGAGGAUGAGGACUUGAUUAUUCAGUGUGAGGCAUUUGAGGAAGCUAUGGCUGAGGAUGAUGAGGAAUUGCUCAGAAUUUAUGGAGGAAUUGACAUGAGCAAUCACCAUGAGGUCUUCAUCACUCUGUUCAACAAAGUGAGUAGCUCCCCUGCUUCGCUGCAGCUGUUGUCCAUCUUACAGACGCUGUUGUUGAUAGGACCUGAGCGAGUAGACAUCUGGCAGGCCUUAGAGGCUCUAACUAACCGUGCUCUCCUGUUAGCCCAAAACUCUCAGCUGGACUCCUGUGAAAAGAUCAUGCAGCGACUUACCUUUUCUAAAGGUGCAGUUACUGGUUCUCAUCACGUGGAUGCUCCACCACCCAAAAAAGCUGACAAGUCAGUUCAGACUGAGCUGGCUGAUAAGGAGAAGGAAUGUUUAAAAAAGAUGCCCAUUACCAACCAUGUAGAACCCAUCAGCUCUGCCCAGAUGCCAUGCACCACCCAACCUCCACCACCACCACCUCCCCCACCACCACCACCUUUACCUGGAAUGGGAAUCCAAGCACCUCCACCUGUUCUACCCCUUCUUGCGGGUCCUGUUGGUCCCCCACCUCCCCCACCACCACCACCGCCUUUACCUGGAAUGGGUGGUCCUGCACCUCCUCCCCCACCACCUCUGCCAUUAAUAGGGAUUCCCCCUCCACCACCUUUACCAGGCUUGGCUGUUCCUCCUCCUCCUCCACCCUUACCUGGCAUGGGAAUGCCUCCACCACCUCCUCCUUUACCAGGGAUGGCACCUGGAGGACCUCCCCCACCACCUCCAUUCCCUGGUAUACCAUGCCCACCUCCAAUAGGAGGAGAUAUAAUAGUAGCCCAAAGCGUCCAUUAUCUGGGCAGGUCGUCCAGCAUGCCUGUAAAGACCGGUCCUCAUCCUACACUACGGAUGAAGAAGCUCAACUGGCAGAAGCUCAAUUCCAGAGCAGUCACUGACGGUUGCAGUAUAUGGGCCUCAGUGCAAGCUGAUCAUCCUUUGGAGCCAAACUACACUAACAUUGAGGAACUCUUCAGUCUCCCUGUGGCUCAGCCCAAAGAGAAAAGCCCAGUCACGCCUGUUAAGAAGGAACCCAAAGAGAUUUCGUUUAUCGAUCCCAAAAAGAACCUAAAUUUAAAUAUAUUUCUCAAACAAUUUAAAUGCUCUUAUGUGGACUUUGUGGCCAUGAUUGAGAAAGGGGAUCGUUCCAAGUUUGAUGUUGAGGUGUUAAAACAGUUGCUAAAGCUCCUGCCUGAGAAACAUGAGAUUGACAAUCUGAACUCCUUCCAAGGAGAAAGGGACAAGCUUGCCAACGUGGACCAGUUUUACCUCUUACUCCUGGCUGUUCCCUGCUACCAGUUAAGAAUUGAGUGUAUGCUGCUGUGUGAAGAGACCACGUCUGUGCUGGAGAUUUUGAGGCCCAAGGCACAGCUGGUAGAAGAAGCAUGCAAUAGCCUGAAAACAAGCACUCUGCUGCCCAGUUUCUGCAAGCUCAUUCUUCAUGUGGGAAACUUCCUCAAUUAUGGAAGUCAUACAGGAAACGCUGAAGGAUUCAAAAUUAGCUCCCUGCUAAAGCUGACUGAGACCAAAGCCAACAAGGGUCGCAUUACUCUCUUGCACCAUAUCCUCGAGGAAGCAGAAUUGAACCACCCUGAACUUCUGAGCCUUUCCGAUGACAUUGAGAGUUGUGAAAAAGCAGCAGGAAUAAACCUGGAAUCCAUUCAAGUUGAGACGAAUGGACUGUCUAAGCGUUUAAGGGACACUGAGAAGAAAGUCUGUUCAUCUGUUAAAGAUGUUAAAGAUCAGUUUUCACGUGUUACUGAGGAGAACCUUCAGGCAUGUCAAGCUGUAGAAGACAGAUUUGUUAACAUCGAGAAGAAGAAGGUGGAUCUGGCUCAGUAUCUGUGUGAGGAUACAGCUCAGCUCUCACUAGAGGAACUCUUCAGCAACAUAAAGACAUUCAGAGGACUUUUUCUUAAAGCAUUAAAAGAGAACAAGAUCCGUAAGGAGCAGGCUGCCAAAGCAGAGAAGAGGAAGAAGCAGCUGGCAGAGGAGGAGUCCAAGAGACAGAAGGGAGAGAACGGCAAGAUCAUCAGAAGAGGUGCUUUACCUCAGGAGGAUGGCUGCAUUAUUGACAACCUACUGGCUGACAUCAGGAAAGGCUUCCAGCUCAGGAAGACUCGGCCCAGGUGCGAAACGGAAAGUGCCUCCUCUAGUGAAAUGCAUAGGGACACCGCAUCAAGUGUCAGGUGUGCAGAAGGAGAAGUCACAUCAAAUGCACCUCAAGACCUCCCUCCUCCUCUGUCCGAGAAAAUGGGCGCAGAAGAUCCAGCCAGCGCUUCCUCCACCAGCCCCCUAGAAGAAACAGCAACAGCAGCAGCAGCAGCAGUAGCUGGCAGUAAAGCUCAGCCUGCACUUCAAGUAGUUGAAGAGUCCCAGACAGACUCCUCCACUCAAGACACCUCAACAAAACCCACAGUGCCUCCUCAGGAGUCUUCAGCAGAGCAUCCUUCAGCACAAAACUGCUCACCAGAUAAUGAAGAAGCUAAAACUCAUACAACUGAAAUCAUUACUGAGGGAAUUUCUUCCGAAGACGCUCCAGUGAAAGAAAAUCAUUCGGUGGACGGGCAGUCUUCUACAGUGCCCCCAUCUACAGUGAACCCAUCUGCAACAGAAGAGAACACGCAACAAAACUGGAAUGCUAACAACAGCCAGCUCGAGGGUGACGGCAGUUCUCUCGAAACUAUGCACAAAAACGCCACAAAUGUCCACGCCAAUUCUGAUGCUCAUAUCGACCCCGAUGCAAAUGGAAAUAGUUCCAUUACUGAUGAAAUGCCACUGAAAAGCCAAGAACAAGAUGAAAAGAGGCAUUCAAGCAGUAGCCAAACAAACUCUGAUGGCAGUAAUGAGAUGCAGCGUGCUUGUGAUAAACCUGAUGGAGCGUGUGCAAUGGACAGCUCUUCCUCCUCAAAUCCUCCCAACCCGCAGCUUAAACCCAACAAGCUCAUCAGAGGGAAGAAAAAAAGCAAUAAAGAAGGUAACCUAUGUGUAUAUCCUCCUAAUAAAGAUAAUGUGCUUGAAGGCUGGCGUCUGAGAUUAAAAGUGUACGUCCUUAUGUUCAUGUGUGGUUUUACAAAUGUUUACAAAUAUUUUGGGGUGCAGAAACUGAUACCAAUUGGACAAAGGAGAGGAUUUAUUUAG